AUGGAGACUCCCACCCCCACCGCCGCCCACCAUCGCCCACCCCCACCGUCGACGACCCUCACCAUCAAGACCACGCCCAGACCUGUGUGCUGGACGCAGCAGGAUUCACCCACGAACCCCACCGGCGACCUCCUACUCUCCCCCAACCUCACCGCCGGGUUUCCCUUACCUCUGCCCAGAUCGACUCGAUCCGCUCAUCUCGUGGCCAGAUCCAGCAGUAAUCCCUCCUUCCCACCUCCCUGCCUCUGGAUCGAGCAGGCGCCAUCGCCCCCACCCCCACUCCCUCCCUUUGGAUUGAGCAGGCGCUCUCUACCGGCGGGGCUUGGGGAGGCUGGCGUUCCCCGUCGAGAUCCAUCAUGCGCGUCCUCCAGCGCCAACUGCGACCGGUUCCCGUCACUAGGGUUUCGGUCGGUGUGGCUCCAACGACUCAGAUCCGGGAUGCCAUCCUCGCUCGAGCACCGGGACGCCAUGGACGCUGGACGCUUCCUCCCUUGCCUCGGCGCCAUGGAGCAGCUCCGUUCGUCCGCGUUCUUCUUCUCGGUAUUCCUACCCCCGGCCAUGGGCCAUGGCGAACGAGUAGCUCCAACCGCAGGGCUCAAAGAUAUGAAUCCCUUUCUCCUCCCCUCGUCUUUUCUCCUUCCGCUCUCUGUCUGACCCCCUUCUCGUCUCUCUUUCGAACCAGGAUGUCACCAUGGGAGAUGAAGGCGUGAUGUGUUGUGCUGCUACUUGGGAGGGACGCCAUGGACCUCCCUCCUCUGCUUCUUCUCUUCCCCUAACUCCAUCAAGGUGAUGGAUUGGUACAGCGACCUACUCCCCUGCUUCCUAUGUUAAUUUGGUGCGCGAUGUGGAUGUGAUGUAUUUUAGGCAUGAUUAAAUACGUGUUUUGGCACAAUUCCUUGUACAAUUCCUUCUCAAGGUGUUGGUGUAUGUGGAGGUGAUUUACCUCUUUUUUUCACUCUGUGUAUCAAGGUGCAGCUGCUGAGCAUUGAUAGGUGUUGUUCGGUGUACGUGUGUAUCCUCUAGUAGUUUGUCUCAUAUAUGUUGUUGUCUGCCUGCCAUGUUGCUGUUGUGUCUGACUAUUGGACGGUCAAAACAGAGAUUUGUAAUUUAGAAACUGCAUGUAUGUUGACACUAUUGAGAUGAUGAUCGCUUCACCUUGCAUAGGUUCUGCUUGUGAGUGUGUGGAAUUCAUUUCAUGCAUGGUUCACCAGUGUAUAUGCCUCCCCUCCCACUACUACAAAAAC